ACCCAGCUGCUGUUGUUUUUCGCACUCGCAACGAUCCUAAAUAUCCCCGAUAAAUAAACCAAUUUUUGACGGAUUCUGAAGGCCAAUUUUCAAAAUGUCACUUUCUGGGAGCUUAUCCAAUAUGGAAAAUUUCUCACCCCAUGUAAUCCGUCGAAUAUCCAAAGAGAUUGCAGAGCUGAAGUCUUCUCCUCCAGAAGGUAUCAAGGUGCAUCCUAGUGAGGAAGAUAUUACAGACAUCCAUGCUGUCAUAGAAGGACCAGCUGGAACACCCUAUGCAGCUGGACAAUUUCGAAUCAAGCUGGUGUUAGGCAAAGACUUCCCCAAAGCUCCUCCCAAAGGGUACUUCCUCACAAAGGUGUUCCAUCCUAACGUAGCGAGUAAUGGAGAGAUCUGUGUCAACACACUCAAAAGAGAUUGGAAGGCUGACAUGGGUAUAAAGCAUUUACUACUGACCAUCAAAUGUCUUCUCAUCUACCCCAAUCCCGAGUCGGCGCUAAACGAAGAGGCGGGCAAGCUGCUUCUAGAACAGUACGACACAUACUUCUCACGAGCCAAGAUGAUGACCGAGAUCCACGCUCAGCCUCAUCGUUCCUCCAAAGAAUCGCGGGAGAAUGAGGAUUCGAAUCCCUCCACGUCGGGCAGUAACUCACAGCACGGUCCAGCUGCCAAGAAACAUGCGGGAGAUAAAAAGGUCGCUCUCGCGGAGAAGAAGAAAAAGGACAAAAAGAGGACAUUGAAGAGAUUAUGAUGUAUGCCAAAUUGAAUCGCCAAUUUCCCCGGAAUAUUCUAACUUAUCAACUUUUUUUUCUUGUACAGUGUGUAUACAAACAGAUGACCCUAUCUAUGUAAUUUUCAAUCCACAAAAUGAAAUUAUUGAAUUUUGAACAUUUUA